AUGAUGCUCAAGAUGCUGCCGUUUAAGCUGCUGCUGGUGGCCGUGGUUCUGUGUUUCUUCGAGGGGGAUGCCAAGUUUGGGGAGAGCGGCGCCCGGAGGAGAAGGUGCCUCAACGGGACCCCGCCGCGACGGCUGAAGAAGCGGGACCGGCGGGUGCUGUCCCCGGAGGCCCCGGGCGGCGGGGAGGCGAUGUGCCGCGGCCUCUACCCCCGCCUGUCCUGCUGCUCCCGCUCCGAGGCGCAGGGUCUGCCGCACGCCGAAGCCAAGGUCCUUUCUGUUACCAACAACACAGAAUGUGCGAAGCUACUGGAGGAAAUCAAGUGUGCACACUGCUCACCUCACGCUCAGAACCUAUUCCACUCACCUGAGAAAGGGGAAACUCCUGAAAAAGAACUAAUGCUUCCCUACCUGUGCAAAGACUAUUGUAAAGAAUUCUAUUACACCUGCAGAGGUCACAUACCAGGUUUCCUCCAAACUACAGCUGAUGAGUUUUGCUAUUACUAUGCAAGAAAAGAUGGUGGUGUGUGCUUUCCAGAUUUUCCAAGAAAACAAGUGCGAGGGCCAGCUUCUAACUCCCUGGACCACAUGGAAGAAUACGACAAAGAGGAAGAGAUCAGCAGAAAACACAAGCACAACUGCUUCUGUAUUCAAGAGGUUGUGAGUGGACUAAGGCAGCCUGUUGGAGCAGUACAUUGUGGGGAUGGAUCCCAUCGCCUCUUUAUUCUUGAGAAAGAAGGAUAUGUCAAGAUUUUCACUCCCGAAGGAGACAUACUCAAGGAACCUUUUUUGGAUAUACACAAACUUGUUCAAAGUGGAAUAAAGGGAGGAGAUGAAAGAGGACUGUUAAGCCUUGCAUUCCACCCCAAUUACAAGAAAAAUGGAAAGCUGUAUGUGUCUUAUACCACCAACCAAGAACGGUGGGCUAUUGGACCUCAUGACCACAUCCUUAGGGUCGUAGAGUACACAGUAUCCAGGAAAAAUCCACACCAAGUUGACAUGAGGACAGCAAGAGUGUUUUUAGAAGUAGCAGAACUACAUCGAAAACAUCUAGGAGGACAGCUGCUGUUUGGCCCAGAUGGUUUCCUAUACAUUUUUCUUGGAGAUGGCAUGAUCACUCUAGAUGACAUGGAGGAGAUGGAUGGUUUAAGUGAUUUUACAGGUUCUGUAUUGCGCCUCGACGUCAAUACUGAUCUGUGCAAUGUCCCUUACUCCAUCCCACGGAGCAACCCACACUUCAACAGCACCAACCAACCUCCUGAGAUUUUUGCACAUGGACUCCACAAUCCAGGCCGGUGUGCUGUGGACCGGCACCCAACAGAUGUAAACAUCAACUUAACUAUACUUUGUUCAGAUUCGAAUGGAAAGAACAGAUCUUCAGCAAGGAUCUUACAAAUAAUAAAGGGCAAAGACUAUGAGAGUGAGCCCUCCCUUCUAGAAUUCAAACCAUUUAGCAGUGGCUCCCUGGUUGGUGGAUUUGUGUAUCGGGGCUGCCAGUCGGAGAGGCUCUAUGGAAGUUACGUGUUUGGAGACCGCAAUGGAAAUUUUUUAACACUGCAACAGAGUCCUGCAACCAAACAGUGGCAAGAGAAACCCCUCUGUCUUGGCAACACUGGCUCAUGUAGAGGUUUCUUUUCAGGCCCUGUCUUGGGAUUUGGAGAAGAUGAAUUAGGUGAGAUUUACAUAUUAUCAAGCAGUAAAAGUAUGACACAGCCUCACAGUGGAAAACUCUACAAGAUCGUUGACCCAAAAAGGCCUUUAGUCCCUGAAGAAUGCAAAAGAACAGCUCAGCCUGCACAGAUACUGACAUCUGAAUGCUCGAGGCAUUGUCGGAACGGGCACUGCACUCCCACAGGAAAAUGCUGCUGUAAUCCAGGCUGGGAAGGAGAGUUCUGCAGAACUGCAAAAUGCGACCCAGCCUGUCGACAUGGAGGUGUCUGUGUAAGGCCCAAUAAAUGCUUAUGUAAAAAAGGCUAUCUCGGCCCCCAGUGUGAACAAGUGGAUAGAAACAUCCGAAGAGUGACAAGGGCAGGUAUUCUUGAUCAGAUCCUAGACAUGACAUCCUAUUUGCUGGAUCUAACCAGCUACAUUGUAUAGUUUCUGGGACUAUUUGGAAACUCCACUUUCAACGGGCAUUUGUUUUGAAUCUUGUCAUUUUUGAAAGACUGUUAUCCUGCAAACAAACACCGGCGAUUUGUUUUACUUUAUUAAUUUAAGUGUAAUAUCCACCAAUGUGCAGAAAAAUCCCUUGUAUGUGUGUAAAUAUUCCUGCACGUCUCCACAGACGUCCCGAUAUCCAAUAUGUGCACACAUACACACGCAGCCGCUAUCACAAAUACGGUUUUGCAGAGAGUGGAAUCUUUUUUAAUAUUUAUUUCUUCAUGAGAAAUAGUUUACGAAGCAAUUCCACUGUAAAACACAUUUUCGUCAAAGGACUUUCCUGAUGUCUUAAUGGAUUCUUUGACAUCCCAGAAAUCUCGUUCCUGUACCUAUCUGAUUAUAGCAGUGAGAAAGCAGUUUCCAAACAUCGCUGUCUAAACUGCUGGACUUAAUAAAAUCCAGUUGUAACAGUUUUUAAGGUAAACUGAACUCCAUCAUGAGACAAUAUUUCAGAACUGCUUAAUGCAUUCCUAUCUAGGCAAUUCAUUGUAAGACUGUAACCUUCACUUUCAUCAAUGUAACUCUAUUACAGAAUGUUAUUUCUUUAUCUAGCAUAGAUGCAAAAAUCUGGUUAUCGCAGCUUAAUAUCAAGAUUGUUUCAAGUGUUAAAUAAUUAAAUUAUAUUCGCAUAUUUCAAAACCAGUCAUCCUAGAAGGUCUGCUUUUUAUCAUAUAUUUUAUUUAACGAUGGGCACUGGGUUCAUGUUACAUAUUUAUAUUAUUUUAUUUUAUUUUUAUAAUAUAGACAUCACCUAGAUGAGACAGCUUUACCAUAUCCUGUAAAAUACUAAAGUUACAUUUCUCACCAAGUUAAUUGGAAAGACUGGGAAAGAGAGAGCAAACGCACACAUACUUCAACGUGUUGUGGAUCUAAUCUAGAAAUGUACCCUUGUGUCAACUUGUGCUCAUUUACACUGGAUAAGAAAAAAGCACGAAUGCCCACCAACCAUAAUAAAAUUCCAGCAUGUGUUCCCAGUGUCCAUAAAGUGAUUUUCACUGUAGCAGGACAGUGCAAGAGGUGAUACACAGGCAGACUUUGCCAAUGCCACACUGAACGGGGUGUCCCGGGGUCAGAGCUCACGUGAGCACGUGCUGCCUGUGCACGGUGUCACUUGUACAAAACCUACAGCAGCUCUUGCCAAAUGUGGUUCUAAAUGUUCUUUGGAGAGCCAACAGAAACCCGAGUCUAGGUAAAUGUAUCAAUAAAUGUGGUGUACAUGCUGUAGUCAGGUUUUCUAAGGUAUGAAUUAAUUAGAUGCAUCUGCAGAACUGGUUCCCUCUUAUCUCCAGCUCUACUGGCAGCUUCUUUGUUCACUGCUUACCAGCUAUCAGGUUUCCUUUCUACAACACCUUUGCACUACCCGCAAACUACCUACUGCAGCUUUUACAAAAUCUUGCCUAAGAAAAGAAAGCAGAGCAGCCCCAGUGUGCACAUCCUGUGGUCCUUAGAAGUAGCUGCUCAUGCGUCAAAGAUUGACAACAUUUUAGCCAAACAGAUCUAAAUUACUUUCGCCAUGUUACUCUCUAGUAGUAAAACCAUCUCUCCAGGGCAGCAGCAUGCAACAGAUUUUCCCUCAUAGAAAUUUGUCAGUGUUCAUUUAGUGAGUAUUAAAUCUGAAAUUACAGCAUAACCGAUACUUGCAUUUCUGUGUCUCACACAUUCCAGCUCCAAGGAACAGACAAUUACAUUUGCCUUCCAUAUAUGUUUGCCUGGGUUUCGAGUGACCUCAUGCCAAAUGGAAAUUGGUUGAGAAAUCUUGGUUAAGUGCUCAGAGAACAAUGGUCUGCAUUAAAAAGUGCAUGCAUAAUUUUGCACAAUGUAGAUUCAACUGACAGUCCAUUGAAAGACAUCUUGGGAUUAAAUGAGCAUGAAGACCAAAUUGCCCUCUCACCCCAGAAAAGGGUGGUCCCUUAUAGUCACACGAACACUUCAUUGGCUAAGCAGUGUGACCAAUCUUAAAAUGAACCCUGUGGUAGCAUCUGCAGGUUAAUAGCAGCUCUUUGUCUCCGCUGCUUUCUGCCUUUAGUCUUUUCCCUGAAUUCCAUCACAAAAAGUCCUACAAUUAAAAAAAAUGUCCUGACAACCAUUUUUGUAAAUUGACCUUAGCAUCUAAUCUUUCCUUAUUCAACGUGGGUGACAAAAAUGUGAACUUCUCAUGAAUGAGCCAGCUGUCUAAAUCUGUCACAUAGCACGGUUUUAUUACACUCUUCAUAAUCAGCACGGCAAGAAAAGUCGCUGAAGUAUUUUAGCAACGUUUAAAUAUCUGACAGAGAUAACAUCUUUAACACUUUCUUCAAUGGAAUAUAUUUUAAAAGAAACCCAACUUUACCUCUACUGUGACACUUUGUUUUCAACAACCAGCUGGGAAGAUGUGAUAGCUCGUUUCUCACUGCUUAGUGCCUUAAAAAAUACCACAGAUGGCACCUAAAUUGGAGGUUCACAAUAAUAUAUACAUGCCACAGUCAUGCAGUGAACAGAAAACAAUGAUCUUGGAGUUUUGAUCUUAAUAAUAAUGAAAAUUUUGUUUACUAGUGAAAUCCAAAAAUAAAAAUCCAGUAAGAGCUAAGAAUUAAAUCCAGGCCUCAUUCAAAUCAACAGCAAAAACUCACAUUGACUGUGUUUCACCCAGAAAAUCACUUUCAAAUUUAAGCAAAAAUUAAGCAAAAUUCUUCAAUUUGUUUUAUUAAAAAAAAAAAAAACUGCUCUGAGUAAUUCCAUUAAAACUUCAAAAUUAAGAAAUAAUCUAAGUGAAGGUUUGAGGGAGAGGAGAGAUAGUUUGUGAAACUGUUUUGAUUCAUUUUUAAAUCAUCUUUUAUGUUGUGUGAAAGCAGGCAUCUGCAUUAAGCCCACAUGUUCAUAGGAAGUCCCCGUGGAAAAGAAGUAUUCUCAUAAAAAAAAAAAAAAAAAAAAAAGAAAAAAAAAUCCUAGCUGCUUAUUUAUCAAAAGAAAUUAUACUAUUAAAAAGAGUGAGCAAACCCCAGGCCUAGCCACCCAAGAUGCUGAUAUAAAAAGGGCAACUGCAGUAAUUGCCCUGAGAAUUGGCAUACAAAAAAACCCAAAAAAAAAGGGUCUGUAGAAAGCCUGUUGCCAGUUAGGUCAUUCUGCAGCCAUUCUCACACAACCUCCGAGAGUGUCCCAGAAUAAAACUGAGCUUAUAAAUGAAACUAGAUAAAUGAGGCAAUUAGAUAAGGGCCUCCAGAAGGGAUUUUAUGUAUGUGUUCAAGUUGUCUCUGUCUCUGUGUCUCUCUCUCUCCUAAUCUUUUAUUCCAUUCAUUUCUUCCUUUAUUCUGAGAUACUGCCUCUCUGUUCCCAACACAUUGGACAUUUCAAGCAUUCUUUCAGCCUUUCUGCUGCUGAAGGAGAACAAACCUACCUGUUGCAAGAAACAUGACUCUCCCUGAUGCCUGCUAGUGUUAAACCCCUGCUUUAUUAUUUUGGGACCGAAAACUCAUCUUUUUUUUAAAUGCUGCUGGUCAGAAAGAAGGCAUAUUGCUGGAAUAUAAGGAGAAACAUCUUUACUCCAUAGAUAAGCAGGGAGACAAAAAGAUGUUAUGCAAAAUCAGCUCCAAAUCGUUUUCACUCCAUUUCAGAAAAACAGUAAACUCAUUUUUCUACUGUGCCCAUAAGAAAUACUAACUCAAAUCCUCCCCCCCCCCGGGAAUAAAUUUCUUCUGUUAGCAAACAAGGACUCAGAUCCAAACCCUUUUUACCUUUAAAUCCUCACGUGUUAUUCUAUUUCAUGCAAACAAAGUGUAAGUUAGGUAUAAACAAGGAUAUAAAUUCUGUAUCACUGACAAGACACCUCUGUUUAUCUCCUCCUUUCACUCACUUGUCCACAUUUGGUUUUGCAGCUCCUUCCUUUCUAGACCCACAGCAAACAUCAGCAAUCCCUGGUUGCUGCAGGUGCUUAUUAAUUUUGAAAGUGCCUGACAGAUGUGUGCAUUAACAUCUUCCCAGCAGGCGGAAGCUUUUAUCUUUUGCUCAUUCCACAGAAUGUUGUUAUUUUAUUGUGACUUCUAGCACUGUGUCUUAGCUGGGCAUUUACAGUCCAGGAGUACCAGCCUCACACAGCUCAGGCACAAACAGGCUGAAGCUGGAGGAAGGCAGAAAUCACUUCAGUCACUGUGCUGAUCACAGAUUUACCCAUUGCAAUCCAGUGAUCAAAUGCCUUAACUGAAAACCAGAAUAAUAUCCCUGGCAUGAUGAAAUGUAGCUUUUCAGUACACAUUUUCUCUAAUUUGGCUUGAGAAACAAGGACCUUUUCCUGUAAAAUUAUGCAAAAUUGAGACGCUGAAAAUAUGACCAAGUAAUUCCACUGCUGUAAAGUUGUACUAUGGUGAAAAUAAAUUUUCAUACAUCUAAUUCUAAUUGUAUCCAUGAAAAAGGCAUUUAUAAGAUUAGAUUGCAUCUAUGAAAUAGGCAUUUAUAAGAUUAGGUUGCAUCCAUGAAAUAGGCAUUUAUAAGAUUAGUUCUACAUGGAAAAAACAAGUCAGUCUGUUCUGCUAAUUUCUCCUUAAUCAUGUAAAUUCUUAAAAGACAUUCAUGCAUUUUAAUUUUCUGUCCUUUAGAUUAUCUGGGUAUCAGUUUAACUAGGAAUUUUAUCAUUUUGAUCUUCUGUCCAACUUAAGAGGUGUCCUUUGUCUUGGAAAAAAACAGAACGAAGCCAAGUGGUAAAUAAAAACUGAUUAUUUUCAUUUUGCAAUAUUAAAAAAACCAGAAAGUAACAUUCUCAUAAAAAAUGCAGCCAACCCUUUAAAUUUAUUUCAAUUGAAAUUUGCAGAAAAUUUGUACCAAAUAAUCUGGGUUCUGGCUACAAAAACCUGAUAAAUAAACAUUUCCCUAAGUAGUUUCAGGACAAAAUGUUUCCAAAACAUUGAAAAAAAUUUAAGAUUGUUUUGAUUAAAAGUUUGUUGUUUUCAACAACAGAGUAAUUCAGUGAAAUAAGGCACAUACUUUUUGGCAUAUAGGUGUGAAACAGCAGAAGCCACCUGAAAGCUUAGUACAGGAUUACUUUAAUCUUUGAGGGCCUGACUCCAAGCCCAUUGAUGUCAACUGAUAAUCUCCUAUUGACUUCAUUAGUUAUAGGAUUAAGUCCUUAAAAGAUAUCCACUUAGCUGGCAGAAGAUCUUAACUUCAGACAUCAGUGCACACAUGACCUCUCCGUGUCUGCAUCUGCAGCAUUAGACCAAUCUUUUGUGGAAUAAGAGUGCAGACCAGCCCUGUAGAAAGCCCUACAGAGCUUUCCAAUCCUCUUGGGUUUCCUUAUAGGUGUAGCCAGCAUUUACACAAAAUCUGCCUGACUUCUUGAUGCUUUUUAAACGCCCAGCAAUCAGCUGAUGUGAAAGCUGAGUGAGUCACCUGCUUCCCUGAGCUCUCAGUACUGAAAAAGUAUCAUCCAGUGAUCAUUCUAUGUUACAGACAUUCACAAACAUUUAAUAUUCUAGCUUAUGUGCAAAUAAUUUGUGUCCUUACCUAUUGUCUACUGCACACAGACAAGCUUCCAGGAACAAAAUUGUCAGACAUUCUUGCACAGACAGCAAGCUGCAUUACUGGAGAAGUGUUUUAUUUCUACUGAGGAAAAACAACUUUCCAUCUGUUACACGCUACCAAGAGGGUCCAGUGUAUCAUAUAGUAAAGGUCCUUCUAUGGUCUAUGAGAUUUUCCUAUUUGUUUUUCAUUUUGUGAUGAAGUAAAAAAGUAAAAAAAAUAUUUUAAGUAAAAAACUGCUUUAAUUCCCAGGAAAUUUCAGAAAGGCAGCAUCAGCUAAAGCAUGUGAAUAUACACAAUGGCUGUGCUCGCAAUAUUCUUGGAAAGAAGGCAGAGAGAGUUGGCUGGUUUGGAGACAGGUGUUUUUUUUUUUUUUACGUAGGAUACAUUUUACAGUAGGACAAAAGGGUGUCUUACAUCACAAGGCAGUUACAAACAACCCCAUUUUCUGAAUUUUCCUAGGAGGAGCUGCUAAAAAGAAAAUGUUCUAGGCAGUCAAAACUGGUGUGCAGAAUGAUCUUAAUUCAUAUCAAGACAUACUGAGAUCAGAAACCACCUGGUAUUAAGUCACCAGAUGUAGCUUGUAGUGGUCUCCAUUAGCACCAGGAGCAGUAACCCUACCCUGUGAAUUAUCCAGAAAUGCUAUUAGCUGUCUCCCACAAAAUAUACUGCAGAAUGAAAACUUCAAUUCCCCUUUGAGAACAAUUAGAUUGUAAUGGAAGCCAAGAGUAAAAGGAAAUAACAAACUUCUGUCACUUGAGAACAUUACUGUAGUGGCAUUCCCCAACUAGUUUUAUUUCAUAGUAAUUGUCAGGUACUGUAUGUACAUUUGAAAUGUGGGAAAAUAGCAUAGAAAAUAUCGCUCAAACUAGGUUUAAGCCUCUUCUGUAAACUGAAUUAUACUACUAAGCAUAUACAGGCACCGAUCUAGCUGGGAGCACACGAGUAAUUGUAAGCAUAUGAGCCUCACUGAAGUCAUGUGCUUAACAUUAUUAAUAUAAUUAAGUGUUUUCUUGGUUUGAGACCUUACAAGUCUUUGCAAGUCUACCUACACAGACUCUCUAUGCUAUAUGUGCGUUUCUUUUGAGGGAGACAGCAGGACUGAAAUUCCCAACAAGAGAAUUCAGUUGCUGUCUGUCACAAAUUCUAUAGAACCUGAAAUACUUGCAUCUUUGUGCCUCCACUUCCCAUCCAAAAAUUAGUGAAAUCAAUCCUUGUAAAAGCGCUUUGAGCUCUUCAAAUGAAAAGUGCUAUAAAACUACAAAUUAUUAUUAUUAUAUUGAACACCAUGUAUGUAUACACACUAUUAUGUAAUAUAUAAUAUAUGUAUAAUGCAUAUAAAUUCUAACAAAUGUAUUUGUGUAAUAUCUGAGAAAUGGAACAGUUGUAUCUGGAAGUGAUAAAUACAUAGAGUUGGAUUUAUUGUUAAUCUGUGGAUUUAAUGAUUUUUUUUUUUAGACAAAAGGAUGUUUAAGUGUAUAAUUGCUUUUCUUAAUUUAAUAUAUUUAUGUAAAUGCAUGCCUGAAGUUCUGAUUAGGUAGUUAUUCUGUGUCCCUUAAGCUAAUAAAAUAUAUUAAACUUUAUCUUACUAUAUAAGGUACACCUGCUGCUUUAAUUAUUUUUAAUAUUUUUUAUGACUAAAUGCAUAAUUUAAAGUUCAUGAAAUUUUAAUUUUAAUUGGCUCUUUGAUCUUUGCAGUAAAAGAAAAA